UAUAGCACAUAAUCAAUUCUAGAACUUAGAAGCUACUCAAAAAAGUUUCUCUUUAAAAAGCAUCUUAGAAGAAUUUCCAAACAUGCAAUUACUCGGAGGAUUGACCAAUACUAGCAAUCCUCCUCCAACUACUGAACAUGAGAAGGAAGAUCAUUUCUCCAAAGAGCAAAACCAGCAGCAGCAACAACAACAUGAUCAUUUCAGUUUUGAUAACUUGAUGUUUCAAGAUUUCUACUUUGAACCUGCUCUGGAACCAAAAGCUGCAUUUCAAGAACCUAAGGAGCAAAAGAAUCGAGGAGUGGAAAGUUCACAGUUUUUUGGAUUCAAUAAGCACCUUGUUGGGUCCAAUAAGCAGGUUCCACCAUCAUCUUUGGCAUCACUGGAUCUCUUGAAAAAUUAUGGAAGCAGGUUCAAGAGGCCAAGGGGGCAAAAUAUUCUAAGCAAAACCAAAACUUGUGCAAGUCCUCUGAAGUUGUCAACUGAAGACAUAUUAAGAGUAGCUGGAGCAAGGUUUAUCCAACACUCAAGUUCAACACAAUGGCAAGACAAUCUCUGCACUCCAAUGCACCCAUAUGCAAAUGGUUUCAGUGGUUUCUCUGAGGAAGAAAUCAAAGACAUUGAACUUGCUCAGCUUCUUCUUGCAGCAGCAGAGAGGGUAAGUUGCCAACAAUUUGAACGUGCAAGCUUCUUACUUCAAAAUUUUCAGGGGAAUUCACCACAUCAUGGAAGUGCAGUUCAGAGAGUUAUCUUUCACUUCGCUCAAGCACUCCAAGAAAGAAUCAACAAAGAAAAUGGGACAACACUGAAGGGAAGUGAUGAGAGAGUUAAAGAAAGGCAUUUGAUUGAGCUAUUGGAGGUUGACACCAACAUAACCAUUUUAUGCCAUCAAAAAAUGCCUUUCUAUCAAGUAAUGCAAUUCGCUGGUGUGCAAGCUAUACUGGAAAAUGUUGCAUCCGGAACCAAAAUCCAUCUGAUAAACAUUAACAUUGGCUGUGGGGUGAUGUGCACAGGUUUGAUGCAAGCAUUAUCAGAGAGGCAGGAAAAUCCAGUUGAGAUUCUGAAGAUCACUGCAGUUGGAGUUGCAAACAAGACCAAGAUAGAAGAGACAGGGAAAAGGUUAAUGAGUUUUGCUGAGUCCUUGAACUUACCCUUUUCAUAUAACAUGAUUUUUGUUACAGACAUGAUGGAGAUCAAGGUAGAGCAAUUUGAUGUUGAAGAUGAUGAAGCUGUGGCUGUGUACUCUCCUUAUUUCCUGAGGUCUCUGGUGUCAGAUUCGGAUUCCUUGGAGAAUUUGAUGAAGGUGUUAAGAAAAAUCAAGCCAAAUAUAAUGAUAAACCUUGGAGUGGAGGCAAAUCAUAACUCACCAUCCUUUGUGAAUCGCUUUGUGGAAGCAUUGUUCUACUACUCAGCAUAUUUUGACUGCCUUGAUACCUGCAUGAAAGAGGAGCAUGAGUGCAGAAUGAGAAUUGAAGAAAUGCUAUCUGAGAAGAUAAGAAAUAUUGUUGCUAUGGAGGAUAGAGAGAGGACAGUUAGGAGUGUGAAGAUUGAUGUUUGGAGAAGGUUCUUUGCAAGGUACAGAAUGGUGGAAACUAGAUUGAGUGAGUCAGCAGUGUACCAAGCUAACUUGGUUGCUAAAAAGUUUGCUUGUGGGAAUUCCUGCACCAUAGACAAGAAUGGCAAGUGUCUGUUAAUUGGAUGGAAGGGGACCCCAAUUCAUUCAAUCUCAGCUUGGAAGUUUCCCUGAUUAAUUAUAUCUAUCUAGUGAACAUCUCUGAUUAACUUGUAGCUUAUGUGUAAAAGUGAUUAUAUGACUUCUUGGAAGUGGUUUCAUUUCAAACAAGAUAUUAUGGUCAUAUAUGGAAAAAGAAAAUUUCAUGUGCCCUAUUUGUAGAAAGGGUUCUGCUUGGUAAUCCAAAGAGUUUUGUUUGAGCAGGCUGAAAGGGAAAGUUGCUGGUUCCAGCAAG